GCCUCUGUCGGAUUCUUCUCUGACAGUCAGUGCUUGUGAGACUGUUUUGGUUUGGCUUCUUGCUUUUGGCUCUUGUCGGGGCACUUGUAAUUCGAACGUGUGUCGAUCGCAAGUACAGCGGAAUAACACACCGCCCCGCAGAAUACUCCGCAGCAGCAGCAGCAAGCAGCAUCGAUGGCUCCGACCCUAUUAGGAAGGAAGGUGUUUGUGGUGGGAGUCGGCAUGACCAAGUUUGAAAAACCUCAGACCCGUGAGGAAUUUGAUUAUCCUGACAUGGCAAAGGAAGCAGGUCAAAAGGCUCUUGCUGAUGCAGGUGUUCCUUAUUCGUCUGUGGAACAGGCAUGUGUGGGCUAUGUUUAUGGUGAUUCAACUUGUGGUCAGAGAGCUAUUUAUCACAGUUUGGGACUAACAGGCAUUCCUGUCAUAAAUGUUAACAACAACUGUGCCACUGGAUCUACUGCUUUGUUUAUGGCCAGACAACUAAUACAAGGAGGUUUAGCUAAUUGCGUCCUGGCUCUUGGAUUUGAGAAGAUGGCAAGAGGGUCCCUUUCAGUUAUGUACACGGACAGGAUAUAUCCAAUGGACAAGCAUGUUGAAGUGAUGAUAAACAAGUAUGGCCUAGCAGCAGCUCCAAUAGCUCCGCAGUUCUUUGGACAUGCUGGCAAAGAACACAUGGAGAAAUACGGGACAAAACCAGAACACUUUGCAAAAAUUGCGUGGAAGAAUCAUAAGCAUUCGACUAACAAUCCGAAUUCCCAGUUCCAGAAAGAGUACAGUUUAGAUGAAGUGCUACAAUCACACAAGGUUUUUGACUUCUUGACUCUCUUGCAGUGUUGCCCUACAUCCGAUGGUGCUGCUGCGGCCAUAUUGGCUAGUGAAGAGUUUGUGAGGAAGAAUGGGUUGGAGUCGAAAGCUGUUGAAAUUGUGGCCCAGGAGUUGGUGACUGAUUUUCCGAGCUCAUUCGAAGACGGCAGCUGCAUUAAAGCGGUUGGCUAUGAUAUGACUCAGGAGGCUGCAAAAAGGUGCUUUUCAAAAGCAAAUCUGAAACCUGAAGAUGUGGACGUGAUUGAACUUCAUGACUGUUUUUCAUCUAAUGAAUUACUUACUUACGAAGCUCUGGGACUUUGUCCUGAAGGAAAAGCUGGUGAGCUGGUUGACAGAGGAGACAAUACAUAUGGUGGAAAAUGGGUCAUAAAUCCAAGUGGUGGCUUGAUUUCAAAAGGACACCCACUGGGAGCUACAGGUCUGGCUCAGUGUACUGAACUCUGCUGGCAGCUAAGAGGAGAAGCCGGAAAGAGACAAGUUCCCAGUGCAAAGGUUGCUUUGCAGCAUAACCUGGGCAUUGGUGGUGCUGUAGUAGUAACGCUUUACAAAAUGGGCUUUCCUGAAGCUGCAAGCAAUCGGCAGAUCCAAGCUAUUCCCACCAGUGCCGCUGUUGAUGGGUUUAAGGCACAUCUUGUCUUCAAAGAAAUAGAAAAAAAACUUCAAGAGGAAGGAGAACAGUUUGUCCAGAAGAUCGGUGGUAUUUUUGCCUUCAAAGUAAAAGAUGGCCCUGGGGGUAAAGAAGCAACUUGGGUAGUUGAUGUGAAAAAUGGUAAAGGCUGUGUGGAUGUUAACUCAGAUAAGAAAGCUGACUGCACAAUUACGAUGGCUGAUGCUGAUUUGCUGGCUCUGAUGACUGGCAAGAUGAAUCCACAGACGGCUUUCUUUCAAGGCAAAUUGAAGAUUGCUGGGAACAUGGGCAUGGCUAUGAAGCUACAGAGCCUACAGCUGCAGCCGGGCAAAGCUAAACUUUGAGCCAUUUCUAUUUCAGAAUGCAAUCAAGACUUGAAACUAGGUUUUGGAAAACUAGGCUGGAACUAGAUGUUGGACUUGGCAUGGUAUUGGUUUUCUGAUGUGUGAUCAACUCUAGCUUUCCUAAAGCCUCUGUUUUAAUGGCAAUUUACGUAAUUAUUGCCUUUCAUAAAUCAGUCUAGACUAUUGCAAAGUCAAUAAAAUAUUAGUGGAUUAGGGUAGCCUAGAACUGUUCAUAAUGAUUAAGAUCAGUAUGAUGUAUAACAAAUCCUGAUCUUAGUUCAUUUGAAAUGGUUUUUAAAAAUUCUAAAACAAUAAGUCAAUCCACUGUUAGGAAUCUUAAACAGUAGAAAGGGCAAUGGGGAAAGAGAAUCUCACUUGCUCUGCAACUUGCAAAAACUACUCAGAUUUAUUUUAGGAUAUCUUUCAUAGUGAUUCAAAACAAUAUUCCUUACUUUGGCCAGGAUCCAAGAGUGAUUUUAGGUAGUCCCAAGAAUUUGGACAUGCUGAAUGAGACCAACACACAUCACAAAUUGCUUCUAAAGUUCCCUCUGGUCAUUUGCUAUGUGGCAUGGGAUGCUGCUGUUGAAGAAACGCAAGCCAAAAACUCCUGAGGGUGUGUCAAGCCAGUUCUGCAGCUUUUUGGAUCCUAGCCUUUAUCUAACAGAACUUGCUUGUUUCUAAAUUAAUAGUAUAUAUUGGAAAUCAAAUUGUAUACACUGAUGAAAACUAACAAAGCAAAUUAACUGUAGCGCUUUACCCUUGGACAUAUGCUUAUGAGGGCAAAGGCUGAUACUUUUUAAAUACUUGAUUGGUUUAAUUAUGAUAUAUAGAGUUCUGGAAACUGAUGAUUCUUUAAUAAAUUGUUAUCUAACAUGCUAAUUUUCUAAUUCAUUCUGUUUGGAGGCAAUGUAUUCCGAUUGAAAGUUUCAUAGUAAACUAAACUGCAUCUUCAAUUUCAA